GGCCUGAAUUUGUACUGUGAAACUGGGCACUGUUUUUCCUCGGUAAUUAACUUGUAUUAUUUAUCUGCAACUUGGAAACUGUUACUAGUGAGACUGAAGUCAUUAAAACCCGAGUAGCAGUUAAAACUGUAUAGUAUAGAUGUGGUUCUUGCCCUGUUGAAGGGUGAUGGUAACAGUGGUCACAUAGUAGGAUUUGCUACAUAUUGGGCUGGUUAGUGGAAAACCAUGUGGGAAACAUUACAAUGACAGUUAAUUAACAAGAGAUUCCAGUCCAGUGGACUUAAAGUAAAAGUUAUUCCAUAAAUUACUAAAUCAUAGUUGAUGGUGUGGGAGCUGGCUGCUGUAAAAGAUUUGUUUUGUAAUUCCAGCUGCAAACAGUCUAAAUCACUAAUAUUGACGGCUGAACCAAAGUAAGUGUAUCUUUGCUGGUUUUUUCCCAAUAUGAACUGGCUUAGCAGGUUACUUUAAAAUGCUUUUACUGGAAUUAUUCUUAGCUUAUUUGCUGUAUUCCCAUGGGGACUGUGUAAUUGUUCAUUCGAUCCUAGAGGGCUUUUUCAACUUAAAUGCUUCUAUGGUUCUACAGUGAUAUGUCCUAACACCCGUGUUGAGCUAUGCGUACAGAACGAAAGGCCCACAAGUGAAUUUUCAAAGCGCCGAAGUAGGAUGACAGCAAGGUGGUGCUGUGCUCAAGGACAAGAAUACUUUUUUAAAAAGCGCGGGAAGUGUAUGUUCAGAGAACUUUCCAUUCUCAAAUCUCGAGAACAAAUGUAUUCCAGAACGAAAUCUUCUAUUGAAUCAAGGAACAUUGACAGUUAGUAAGAAGAGCACAACUGAUCACAGAGCACUGGAUGGGUAUCUAUUUUCUGCUGUUAAUUGUAGGGCUUUGCUGGGGGCAGUACAACCCCAACACUCUGCCCAAGAGAACAUCUAUCGUGCAUCUCUUUGAAUGGCGCUGGCAGGAUAUUGCUCUGGAGUGUGAACGCUACUUAGCUCCUAAUGGAUUUGGAGGAGUUCAGAUUUCACCUCCAAAUGAAAAUGUUAUCGUUACUGACCCCCAGCAACCAUGGUGGGAAAGAUACCAACCUGUCAGCUACAAGCUGUGCACAAGAUCUGGAAAUGAAACUGAAUUUAGAGACAUGGUGACCAGGUGCAACAAUGUUGGAGUGCACAUUUAUGUGGAUGCAGUGAUCAACCAUAUGUGCGGAGCUAAUGCUGGGGCUGGUGACCAUGCUACUUGUGGAAGCUAUUUCAGUGCAAAGACUGAAGAUUUCCCAGCUGUGCCCUAUUCUGGCUGGGACUUUAAUGAUCAUAAAUGUAAAUCUAGAAGUGGAAACAUUGAGAAUUAUCAUGAUAUAUCUCAGGUCCGGGACUGCCGCCUGGUCAGCCUGCUGGACCUGGCCCUGGAGAAGGACUAUGUGUGCUCCAGGGUUGCGGAGUACAUGAACCAUCUCAUUGACAUCGGCGUCGCAGGAUUCCGGAUCGAUGCUGCCAAGCACAUGUGGCCUGGGGAUGUCAAGGUGAUUUUAGACAAGCUGAAAGAUCUAAAUACUCAAUGGUUUCCUGAAGGAACUAAACCUUUCAUUUACCAGGAGGUAAUUGACUUGGGUGGAGAGCCCAUCAAAGGCAGCGAGUACUUUGGAAAUGGCCGAGUGACAGAAUUCAAAUACAGUGCCAAACUGGGGACAGUGAUCCGCAAGUGGGACGGAGAAAAGAUGGCCUACUUAAAGAACUGGGGAGAAGGCUGGGGCUUUGUGCCUUCCGACAAAGCCCUGGUCUUUGUGGAUAAUCACGACAACCAGAGAGGGCACGGGGCCGGCGGAGCUUCUGUUCUGACCUUCUGGGAUGCCAGGCUCUAUAAAAUGGCAGUUGGUUUCAUGCUUGCUCAUCCAUAUGGGUUCACACGUGUGAUGUCAAGUUUUCGCUGGCCAAGAUAUUUUGAAAAUGGAAAGGACAUCAAUGACUGGGUUGGACCCCCAAGUAACUCGGAUGGCUCCAUAAAGUCCGUUACAAUCAACGCGGACACAACCUGUGGCAACGACUGGGUUUGUGAACAUCGCUGGCGUCAGAUAAAGAACAUGGUUAUCUUCCGUAAUGUGGUGGAUGGUGAGCCUUUCUCCAACUGGUGGGACAAUGGCAGCAAUCAAGUAGCUUUUGGCCGCGGUAAUAAAGGUUUCAUCAUCUUCAAUAAUGAUGACUGGUCCUUGAAUGUAUCUCUGCAGACUGGUCUGCCUGCUGGCACUUACUGCGAUGUCAUUUCUGGGCAAAAGGAAGGUGACUUCUGUACAGCAGUUGAAGUUCAUGUUGCUGCUGAUGGCAUGGCUAAUUUCCUGAUUGGGAAUGAAGACGAAGACCCAUUCAUUGCCAUUCACGUUGAUGCUAAAUUGUAACCAGAUGUGUUGUUCUUUCUCCCAUGUAUCUUUGCUAACCGCAAACAGAUGUGCAGAAUGUCCUGGCUCUCAGGACUGCAUGAACCAAGACAGAGUAAAGUGUGUUAGCUCUAAUACUAAUGAAGUAGUGAGCAGCUGCUGUACAGAGAUGGGAGCUGGUGGUGCCAGUGCAGAUCUGGGAGUGGUGCUAUACACCUGCGUGCAUUUGUAAGUGCACUUUAUUCAGUUAAAGUA